AUGUUGGGGAUCAUAUGCCAAAAGGCCAUGAUCAUCAUGCUCCUGGCCUCUUUCGUGCUCUGCUUCCUCUACUGGUUCUCCGGGUCGGUGUUGAUAGCCAUAGGCCAAGCAGAGGACAUUGCAGCUCAAGGUCAGAUACUUGCUAGAGGUCUCAUCCCUCAGCUCUUUGCAUUUGCUCUGAACUGUCCCAUGCAAAGAUUCUUACAGGCUCGAUAUGUUAGUAGUGGGAAUGGAGGCUUGGAGAUAUGGUAUUCUCAAGGGUUGGUGCUUAUCUCAGGACUCCUACCUAAUGCAGAAGUAUCCUUGGAUUCCAUUUCAGUUUGUAUGAACUACCUUAACUGGGAUAUGAUGCUCAUGUUGGGCAUAAGUUAUGCAGCAAGCAUCCGAGUCGGGAACGAGCUCAGGGCGCAGAGGCCGCGAACCGCAAAAUUCUCAGUGGUGGUGGUGACAACUACAUGUUUUAUUAUCAGCUUGAUUUUGAGCAUUGCAGUUUUGGUGUUGAAGAGACCAUUGAGUUUAGCCUUCACUAGUUCUGAUGAAGUGAUUGAGGCUGUUCAAACCAUGACUCCUCUUCUUGCAUUAUCCGUGCUCCUUAAUGGAACACAACCCAUUCUCUCUGGAGUUGCUAUUGGUUGUGGAUGGCAAGCCUUGGUGGCCUAUGUUAAUUUGGCAACUUAUUACCUAAUUGGCCUUCCCAUUGGAUGUUUUCUUGGCUUUAAGACUGAACUAGAUGAAGCGGGGAUUUGGUGGGGGCUGAUUAAUGGAGUGGGACUACAAACUGCAAUUCUUAUUGUUCUAACAGCCAGGACCAACUGGGAUAAAGAGGUUGACAAGGCGGCUGCAGGAAUAAAGCGCUCGAAUGAUGAAGCAACAUUUGAAAAUGGGGCGGCGGCUUAA